AUGAUCUCAUACAAUGCUCGUAACCAGAGGAUAGAAGCCUGGGUCAACGCGGCCACCGAAGAAAGCGAAGACGCCGCCCCCACAGACCCCGAAGCCCGCGACCUGCAUGACCAGGAGAAAGCCCAGCGAAUCGAACAUGAGGAUCUGUGUCGUGAGAAUAAGCAGACCUACAAGGGCCGCGUUUUGCUAUGGCUCGCCCUCCAGAGUACCGGUGUCGUCUAUGGUGACAUUGGCACCAGCCCUCUCUACGUCUUCAGCUCGACCUUUACCGAACAACCAUCAUGGCAAGACCUCGUGGGCGCCCUGUCAAUAAUCAUCUGGUCGCUCACCCUCAUCGUGACUGUCAAGUACUGCUUCAUUGUGCUGUCAGCCGAUGAUGACGGCCAGGGAGGCACCUUUGCCGUCUACUCGUUGCUAGCCCGAUAUGCCAACAUUGUCCGAACCGACCCCAGCGGCCCCGAGAGGAUUGUGGUGCGCCUGGAUCGCGAAACUGGCGCCGAAUUGCCGCCAGCUGGGAGGAUAGUACGAGACUUUCUCGAAAGGAGUCGAACCGCAAAGGCGGUUCUCAAGAUGGUCGGCAUCCUGGGAGUCGCUAUGGUCAUGGCCGACAGCGUCUUGACACCCGCCCAGUCCGUACUGGGUGCCAUCCAAGGCAUUCAAGUUGUGAGGCCUGAUCUGGGAAGGUCUGCCAUCGUGGGAAUCAGCUGUGCGAUACUCGUCUUCCUCUUCCUGCUGCAACCGCUCGGCACAUCCAAGAUUGGUACGACAUUUGCGCCAGUGGUCAUGGUCUGGCUCUUCUUCAACUUUGCCGUCGGCAUUGUCAAUCUCGUUCGAUACGACCAUACCGUGCUCAAGGCCUUCAGUCCGCACUACGCCUUUACAUAUUUGAUCCGAAACGACUCGAACGGCUGGAAGUCCCUGGGUGGGUUGCUGCUGGCAUUCACAGGAGUCGAAUCUCUCUUUGCAGACCUGGGCGCCUUUGGGAAAAAAGCUAUCCAGCUCUCCUGGCUGGUUCUAGCAUACCCUUGCCUGCUUAUCACAUACUGCGGCCAAGCUGCCUUUAUCGCCCGCGACGAGGAGGAGACGGCCUUCACGAACCCUUUUUUCCGUACGGUGCCUGAAGGCAGCUUCUAUUUCAGCCUGAUCAUUGCGAUUCUUGCAGCCAUUGUUGCAAGCCAGGCCUUGAUUACCAGUUCAUUCCAGCUCAUCUCACAGCUUAUGAGGCUGAGCUACUUCCCACAUAUCAAGACAUUUGGGCCAUGCUUAUGGCGCCUGCGUCAUUCUCGUCACGUUUAUCACGACUUCGCUGCAAUGAACAAGGUACCAGAUGGUGGUUGGUUCGCCAUCGUGCUAUCGUUUAUCCUUUCAACCGUCUUCAUACUCUGGCGAUGGGGCAAGGAGCAACAAUGGGAGGCGGAAAUGAAGGAUAUGAUAGAUCCUGCCGACUUUCUGCUUUCGUCCCGCAGCACCUCUCGCAACAACUCGAUUGCUAGAGAAGCGGGAGAUAGUUCGAUCCGUUCGGUCCGUCUUCGACUUGCCCCCGAGUAUGGAGGCGGAAGCAUCACGCCGGCCCCAGGUCUCGGCAUCUUCUUCGACAAGGUUGGCGGCAGCGGCGAUCACAUCCCAAAAGUGUUUACACAAUUCAUCCGAAAAUUCCAGACUCGGCCGCAGGUUAUUGUCUUUUUCCACAUGCGGCCCUUGUCUCAACCCACAGUGCCCUACGACCAACGAUUCGUCAUUUCCCGAGUCACGACCAAGAUCCCCUCCUGCUAUCAAAUUGUGCUGCGACAUGGUUACAUGGACGACAUUCUUACACCAAACCUGGCCCGUAUCAUCGUGAAUGAGCUUAUGACGUUCAUCACGAGGGGUCCGUUCCCACCAGAUGAAAGCGACUUGCCCCCAGAUGUACGAGAUGAGCUGGAUGCCCUCCGUUCUGCGGAGGAGGCCCAAACAGUAUAUCUCAUGGGCAAGCAAACGAUGCGAGUGCACAAACGAGAGAAACGAACACUCAAGAACAUUUGCCGACGCGUGGCGCUUGAAGCAUUCUUGUGGAUCAGAGAGAAUUCGAGGACCAAGCUGGCCAACCUAGACAUUGACCCCGACAGUCUCGUCGAGGUGGGCUUUGUAAAGGAGAUUUAAGGGAGGGCGACUGUAUAUUUUUUUUAUGAAGCGAUACCCGGCAUACACCACGGAUAAAGAAGAAGCUGGAGUUUUUGGAUUUUGUUUUCUUUAUUUCCAUUGUUUCUUUCUGGGCAGGGCAUCUGAGCAACAAAAAAAAACACCCAAAAGGCGCUUUGUCGGUUUUAUAUCUUGGAUCUAUGGUUGGUUGGUUUGGGAGGCUAAACUGAAGAUUAUCUAUAUUGUUUGGGAACUUUGGGCAGCGUCGAUGAUGUUUAUGAAUCUCUCCACUUCGAUCCUGUCGCCGGGGUCGCUCUUGCUUAGAUAGUACGGAAGGGGUUGAUAUACCCAAAAAGCAAUUGCAAUUGAAACG